AGGACGCGUCGUGUGUUUCCCCGCGUUAUAAUGGAAUUUCCUAAGAGUCCUGAGAGAGACACCAUUGUUCCGGUCAUCAGCGUGGAUGGUGGUACCCCAGCUGAGGGGAGUGACGUCAGCGGCGCCAAUACCCCUCGCUCCGCCUAAAGACGAGAGGGUUAGGUGGGCCUGGCAUAACCCCCGCCCCCCUCCCCCCUCUGCCAGGCCGCCCCUACCACCACCACCAUCACCACCACCCCCUUAUCCCCCCUCCACCGUGAGCCGACACACCGACAGACAGGCAGGCAGAUAGACAGCUCCUCCGCCUGCUGUCUCCCCUCCCCCUCCACCACCACUACCACCACCACCACUACCACCACCACCACCACCACCACCACCACCACCACCACCACACCCCCACCAUGAAUUCACCUGCCCCCCACAGACCAGAACGCCCCGCGGCUCGCAAGUCCUCCUUGGCUGUGCUGCUCCCCAGGCUGCCCGGCCACCAUGGGUCUUCAGACUCUCUCAACCACAGUCCUCAGUCCUCCCCAGGUUACGAUGGCACGUCUGAGGCAUCCACCAUCCGCCUCCCUGACACUCCACACCAGAGGAGCCUCCCACUUUCCCGCAAGGAGUCGUACAAGGACCAGCGGAAGAAGUACCGUCGGGAGAAGAAGCGAGUGGCGCGGGAGUUGCUCAGCACACUCAAAGACCCGGCGGUGGUGGUGCUGGCUGACUGGCUGAAGGUCCGGGGCUCCCUCAAGGGCUGGACCAAGCUGUGGUGUGUCCUCAAGCCAGGCAUGCUGCUGCUGUACAAGAGUGCCAAAGUGAAGAGCAGUCACUGGGUGGGUACUGUCCUGCUCAACACCUGUGAGCUGAUAGAGCGCCCCUCCAAGAAGGAUGGCUUCUGCUUCAAGCUCUUUCAUCCACUGGAGCAGUCCAUCUGGGCCACCAAAGGGCCAGAGGGGGAGACAAUGGGGGCCGUGGUGCAGCCUCUUCCUUCCUCACACCUCAUCUUCCGCGCCCCGUCCCAGGCCGCGGGCAAGUGCUGGAUGGAUGCCCUGGAGCUGGCUGUGCGCUGCUCCUCCAUCCUCAUCCGCUCAAUGACCUCAUCCAGCAAGGCAGACAACAACACCCUCACCUCAUCCACUCUCACUGCUAACAAGUGGAAUGAGUCUGAUUAUGAGAAGCAUUUUAAGGAUCAGGACAUAUCAGAUGACUCCAGCCAAGGUGGGCUCAGCCCAGAGAACAGUCCACUGAUCACACCCCAGUCCUCGUGGAGGGAAUGCGUCAUCCAACUGACGGGGGUGUCCAGCCUGGAGGGCACCCCAACACACAGACCCUUGGCCAACCUGGGGAUCCAGCGCGACCCCUCGCCCACUCCGUACUACCGCAGGCUGGCAGCAGCAAUACACAUGGCUGACCAGGAGCUGAAGGGUGAGGUACCAAGCAGGAGACAGUCCCUCACCCCUGAUGAUGCAAGCAUCACUGACUGCUCCCACACUAACACUCCAGACCUCAAGGGUAACAGAAAGAAGAACUUUUUCAAGCUCAGCCCCAGGAUUAUUCCAAAGACUCCAAAGAAAGCUAAGAAUGAUCUGGAUGACGCCAGCCACACAGACGACAAUGAGUACCACAGGGAGUCAGGCCAUUUCUCUGGCGCCGAGCCCUUGUCGGGGUCUGAAUCAGAGUCCGAGGAUGGCUCCCACAAGGGCGAUGAGAGACAUGACGAGGAGGAGGAGGAGGAGGAGGAGGAGGAGGAGUACGUAGAUGACCUUACGCCGAUAGAGACUGCAUACGUGUCCAAUAAGGAGGGGGAGAUGGGAGAGACAUGUAUUGCGCUGUGUCAGGCUGGAGAGCAGGUGGAGGAGCUGGAGGAAGAGAACAAGUCCCUCAUCUGGUUCCUCCUGAAGCAAGUUCGGCCAGGGAUGGAUCUGUCCAAGGUGGUGCUCCCAACCUUCAUCCUGGAGCCUCGGUCCUUCCUCGACAAACUCUCAGACUAUUACUACCAUGCUGAUCUUCUGUCUAAGGCAGUGCAGGAGGACGACCCCUACACCAGGAUGAAGGAGGUUGUCAGGUGGUACCUCUCAGGGUUCUACAAGAAGCCAAAGGGACUCAAGAAGCCAUACAACCCUAUCCUUGGUGAGACCUUCCGGUGCUACUGGCGACACCCCAAUGGCUCCCGCACCUUCUAUGUGGCUGAGCAGGUAUCUCACCACCCGCCAGUGUCAGCUCUCUAUGUAACAAACAGGCAAGAAGGUUUCUCUGUCAGUGCAACAGUUUUGGCAAAAUCCAAGUUUUAUGGUAACUCAACAUCAGCGAUACUAGAUGGCAAUGUGCAGCUGACCCUCCUGCCCCGAGGGGAGGACUACAUCAUGAACAUGCCCUAUGCCCACUGCAAAGGCAUCCUGAUGGGCACCCUCACCAUGGAGCUGGGGGGCAAGGUGACCGUGGAGUGUGAGAAGACCGGGUACAAGACAGAGCUAGAGUUCAAAUUGAGGCCUUUCUUGAGUGGGUAUGACUCAAACAACAUGGUGAGUGGCAAGCUGAAACUGGGCAAGGACACUUUGGCCACCCUGGAGGGCCACUGGGAUGGCAAGAUCACCCUCACUGACAAGAGGACUGGGGAGGAGGAGGUACUCUGGCAUGCCACUCCAGAGAUCAAGUCUCAGCGGCUGCAGCGGUUCACCGUCACCAUGGAGCAGCAGGGAGCCUUCGAGUCUGAGAGGCUGUGGCAACUCGUUUCGGCAGCCAUCAAGUCAGACGACCAGAUGGCAGCAACGGAAGAGAAGACCAUCCUGGAGGAGGCUCAGCGCAGCGCUGCCAAUGAGCGGAAGGUCAAGUGCGAGGAGUGGGUCCCUAGAUAUUUUGGCCAGGACCUGGUGCGGGGCGUGUACGUGUACAAACACUCUGACCUGCGGCCCUGGGACCCCCGGACAGACCUCUUCCAGUAUGAACACAACUACGUCAUUGCCACCAAGACCAGACACAAGGCCCCCAUGAUCAGGACAGCCUCCAUCGUCAGUGUUGAUCCCAAGUGUGAAGUUAAUGUGAGUGUUGUGCGUGUGGCAGGAGUGGAAGGAGUGCCAAGGCUGCGAGGGGUGUUUGAGCGGGCUGAUGCAGAGGAGACCAGUUCAGGGGACCAUGACGACCUGCAGGACGUGACAGACCACACGGUGGGCAACAGCAGCGUGGGCAGCGCACCAUCACGGCCAAGCAGGCAGACCAUCAAUGUCACUUCCAGCCUGCUGGACACCCUCAACAAGGUGUCAGUGAGCCAGGACCUGCUGGUGGUGGAGAUGAAGGGCAUGAAGCAGGAGCUGGAGGCCCUCACACUGCGGAUCUCCUCCAUGGCCACCAGGCAGCAGAAACAGCACCUGGAGCGGCUGGACAGCGGCCUCUUCUCCAUGAAUUCAUGGUCCUCCAUCCUGGUGGCUCUGGUGGUGUACAGCCUCAUCAAGUGGCUGGCUGAGCGCCUCUGGUUGUAGCUGGGAGGACGGGGUGGUUGUUUGUGACUUGUUAAAGAUCAUAUAUAUAUAAAUCACUAUAAAUAUAUACAUAUAUACAUAAUAUAUAUUUAUGCAUUGGUUGGGAUGAAUAUAAUGUUAACAAGAUAUCAGAUUGACAGUAUAAAAGUUGCCAUUAAUGAACUUGUAAAUAUGCCACCUAUUGAUUUUUUAGCAGUAGUUCUCCCACACAUUGUUAUGAAGGGAAGAUAAAUGAUCUAUCGGGAUAAGAUUCCUAAUAAGGUAGGCAUUUCAUUCCUAAUUACAAUUACUUCUCAUAGAAGUAGUAAGUGACACAGAGGGCCCUUCAGAUUCUAUUCAUUAUAGAGUAUCAAAAAUUUCUGCCUUAUGCUGUAUCUAUAAGUACCAUCUUGCAGUCAUUGUUGCACACUGUAUUCAUUGCUACCUCUCAGGCAUCAGUUUGUACAGUCUGGAUGCUGGGGGUCUGUCUGGCCAGCCUGCCUUGCCCCAGCCCAGGGACAGCAGCAGGAGUGUGAGGGAAACACUCACUCCUUGUACUUCAGGUUCAUGCAUUUGAGUCUCUUGUUGUUUAGGGAGAGGAAGGUGGGGCAGCAGAUCUCUCUUAUUGACUGUAUCAUACCUUUAGUUCUAAUUCAGUUCUCUCCACUUUUAUCAUAGACAUUCCCUCUCCUGUAGAGAGUAAGAUAAUCUCAUGUCACCCGAACGUCAGUUGUAGGAUGUUCAGUGGAGCACCUCUCAUCCUUUUCCUCUCAAUUGCUCAUAGUAGAAUUAUUUCCUAUACACCCUUGCCAUUCACACUCAUGCAUCUUGCUCACCCCUUGCCUGCCUGCCUGCCUGUCACCAUCAUCAUCACUUCCCUGCAGCUAGUGUGUUCCUCAGACCAAGUAGUGAUUCACCAGGUAGGCAGCCUUUUAUCACACAGGUAGUAUUUCUCUAAUAGAGAUUGGUUUGUAUUCUUUAUACCUAAGGUAUUAAUCUAAGGCCAUAUAGGAAGGUUUUCAAUCCAUUGAGGCCGUGUAUGGGUCGUAAACUUUUUUGAAAUGUUGGAGUUUUGAUUUCUUGUUUUUCUUCUAUGAUACAAAACAAUGCAAAUCCUUUUUCAAUUCUGAUGCAAAUUGUGGACCAGUAGUGUGAAAUUUGCAUCAAAGAAGAAAAUGCGUUGUUGUUUACAGUAAGAUAAGAGUUCUAUGCAUGGAGGAGGGAAAAAGAAGAUGGACACAGGAGUGGAGUAAGCCAGUGUUAUGUGGACAGUGAACCAGCAUAGAUGAAGGAUGUGAACCAAGUGGCUCUAUUGGGAUUGCUUGGUACUGGGUUCUUGUGGGAUUGAGUGUUGGAUCAUCAUAUGGGGCUUAUCAAGGGACUUGAAUUUGUCCUUUACCUGCCUAAAUAAAUAAGAUGGGCAAUGUAGGUUUAGACAAUACACUACUGAAUAAUAAUGUAGGGGAGAGGACUAGAACACCUGGAGUCCUUGUCACCCUCUCAGGUAUUAGCAUUUUGAUAACUCUUAAACUUUUUUUCAACUUGAAAAAUCUUGAUUUAUCUCUGAGAUUUUUACCUUGGUGUGGAGUACUUUGAUGUGUUCAUGUGUUGACCAACUGUCACUUGAGUGUGUUGAGUGACUGAUGACUGACUGGAAUGAGUUGAUUGGUUGUCCAAGUGAUCUUCCUCUCUAUUGUGUAAGUGAUUCUCCUUUAUAAUGUCUAAGUGAUGUUCCUUUAUAUUGUUUUGUAAUGAUAUGUGUACAGUGACUGGUGAUUCAUGUCUGGUGCGUUGUUUUCUCCUCUGAUUGGUUGGUUGGUGAUUGUCAUGUUUUGUUUUCUUGUGUCUUGGUUGCUUUCAAUGCUUCCCUUAUCCCUGCUUGGUGUGGGAAAUAAGUUAAUUGACUGUGUGUGUGCAUAUAUGUGUGUGUGUGUGUGUGUGUGUGUGUGUGUGUGAAGUUAAUAGUGAUUGCUUCAGUUUGCCAUCUCUUUUUUUUUUGUGCCAAGUUUCUUUGAAGGUCAGUUUCAUGUAGUUAGCUUAUAUUAAUAUGUUUUCUACCUGAUUUUUAUUUAUUUAUUUUUUUUAUUUACUUAUUUUCUAGAAGAGUUUGUUAAGUUUAUGUUUCAAUUGAUACAGGGAGCUGCCUUGUAUGUGCCAAGUGGCCUCUUUCACUGUUCUUAUAUUUUUGUGUUGUUGUGUGACCUGAUGUGUUGUGUGUGUGUGAGUAUUUUGUUAGUUCUUCAUAGUGUUGUUUCAUGUCAUUUACCAGAACCACAGGAUCUGAUGUACAAAGAAAAAAAAUUCAAACAAUGGAAGACCCAGGUACAGACAUGUACACCUGUGGAUAUAUAGGUACAUAAAUGCUUUGAAAUACACAAAAUAUUGAAAGCAUACAAACAUACACAUAGUCAGGAAAUAACAUAUACAUGAGCUGGAACUUGAAGAAGAAGAAAGAGAAAAAUUGUAAAAAGCUUUUCUUAUCUUAAGCAGCUCACCUUUUGCACACUUGAUAGACAAAUUUUGCACACCUCUCGUUGCUUUGUACUGCUACUUCUUUUUGAAGGCCAGCUCUCCGAUGUUAUAUUUGAUACCAGCUGUAUCUAAUGUUAAAAAAGUAACCCAUACAUAUUGCAUUGUUAUGCUGCCUGGGAAGUUGUAUGUAUUAGUAGUUCAAGGCUCAUUGGUUACUGCUUGGGUUGGGACAGCUCACAGCCAGCUGCGUAUCUUCUAGUCUUAACACCGUAUAAAUCACUCCUACCGUAAGUUAAGCCCCCACCCGAAUGAUAAGUAUAGAUACAUAAGUUAAGGGAGAUAAGAAUCCAGAAUCCUUUUUGUCGUGGCGCUUACACACACACACAAGACCCGUGAAGUGCUUUAGCAAGACCAGAAACAUCAUUAUGUAGAUUGAGAAAAAACUUGACACUUGUACACUCCCUCUAGUUACUUACUUUCCUAUAACUAGUGUUUGCGUUGUGUUGGUUUCCACAUAUCAGAUACACCUAUGGAGAUAAGCAUGUGGUCGCUGAUGUGCAUAACAGAUGGCGAGUCAUCUGAGACCCUGGAAUAUGUUAGGUGGUGUUGAUGGAAGAGAAGACAUGUAGGGAUAGGGAUGGAGAAAGGACCGACUAGUGACCAGCCUCUUGGUGCUCCUGAGGGAGAGGCUGAAGGGGCCGAGGGAAGUGUAGCGUGUAGGUAGUUGUUGUUGUGUAGGUUGUAAGGGCACCAGUUGGCAGUGAGAUGUUUAUGUUAGAUGCACCCCAGAAACACAACAGAUGGUAGGGCAAGAAUUCUGAAUGAGGAUGUUGUCUUAAGCUCUUACGCUGCCCACUACUGUUUGGAGGGUUACAGCGGGGCAGGUUCAGAAUUACUGCUCUAUUUUAAUGUUAUAUACAGAUGUACUACUACAUGUAAACACCUGUUGUAAUUAGAUGAGUAAAUUUAUAGCCUGUGCUUUUUAUAUUUAAAAAAAAAUGUUGACAAGUGAAAAAUACUUAAAGGAAGGUAUUUUCAGCUCAUUGCAAUACAGGAAAGUAACUUAAGGCAAUGUAUUAACAGUGUACUAUGAAGAGUUAUUAUUUCCUUCUUGUUGACAGACAGUACAGCCCCGCGUAAGAUAUUCAGGAACAUAGUAAGUAUUAGGGUGACAGGGAACUAGUGUGUGAGCGAUGCUUCCCAGUGUGGGUAGAGAACAUUCCAGUGUGUGUGGCAGCAGUGUGAGCUGAGUGUUCAUGCCAGUGAGGUGCUGCAGAGCCUGUUGUGCCCUGGAUGUGGCUGUGACGUGCCAGCCAGUGUGUGUCUAUCAUGGUGGCAUGAGGCAGUGCAGGGCUGAGGCACCUUGGGAAGCACCAGUGUCUGGACAAAUGGUAUUAAAUAUUGAAGUGCAAUAUGUGGCUGCCAAUGUGUUUGGGGAGAGAGAGAGAGAGAGAGAGAGAGAGAGAGAUCCCUGUAUGGUGUAUUGUAAGCUUCACUAUUUAUACCUGUCAUUGCUACCUUGCAGAAGUACGUAUAUAUGCAUAUACAUACUACUAUUGCUGUAUAUUUAUUUAUGAUCUGUUACUCUACCCCCAGACACUACUGUAGCAUUUUUGUGCUAUUAGAAGAUUACAACAGCAAACUUUUCAUUAUUUUACACUUAAGGAUGAAGAUAAUGAAAAAAAAAAAACUACUUUGUUCUUCCUUGUGAAAAUUUAAAUCUAUUUCUGUACAGAAUUUGGUAACGUAUAUAAUACAGAUGACUAUUU